UUUGUUGGGCACAAUUUCUGCAGUGCUGACACAGUGCUCAAGUCGCUGGUUCUUAAGAAAAGCAUUUUCAUUGGGAGAAAAGCAGAAAAGAAGGCUGAAAGUUUUCUCUGGAUUUGCUGGUCUCAUCUGAAGUGGAAAUCAACCAUUACUUAAAAGGAGCAAAAACUGAGAUUUCUCUUUACAGGAGAACAGAAUUAAAGUCCUCUGUGUUAAUUUGGCUGCUACUGCCAUCCCUGCGGUGCGUACGUGAUUUCACGAUGAAUGUUAGAUAAUCCUCUGAAAGAAAAAGGGAAGAAAUUGCUCAUAAACCAGCCUAUAUUUUUGGGAAAGGAAGAUUGUUAAAAUGUCCGUUUGCUGCUGUUGUAUUUAUGACACGGAGUGCUGGAUCAUUUCCUCGUGGUGACCACUAAUAAGUGAGUGACACGGUGGAGAAGAUGAAAACCUCACUGAGCAGAGCACUGCCAAUUCUCCGUAUCCUGUCAGUAAGAGACAUGGUGAAGCUGAAGCUCUCAUUGCUUUAUGAUCGACUGUGCAGCAUGCUGCCAACUCACUUCUCAUCAGUGAUUGCUGCGUCAUGGAUGUUCAUUUACUCGUGGAAGAACAAGCCUGUGCAUCAGUUUUCCAUUUCAGAUUAUGAAAAUCUGAGGACUGAAUUAGAACUCCUGAAGCGACAACACUACAAAGUUGAUGUCACCCUGAAUGCUGACACGGCUCACCCCAGACUGGAAGUGUCUGAAGAUGGGAAGAGCGUGAAUGAUACCGGUGUGAUCAGACAGGUGCCCAGCAAGGAGGAGAGAUUUGAUUCCCACAUUUUUGUGUUGGCAAAGGAAGGAUACACAUCCGGAAGAAAAUACUGGGAAGUGGAUGUUGGAAAGAGAAGAAACUGGAUCUUGGGUGUUGCUUCUGAGUCUGUGGCUCGUAAAGGGACUGUGAACCUGUCCCCAAAGAAUGGCUUCUGGGUCAUAGGGUUAACAGAUGGGGAAGAGUAUUGGGCCCACACGGAUCCUUGGACUCGUUUGACAGCGAGUGGUAGACCACAGAAGAUUGGGGUCUUCCUGGACAUCUCUGCCAACAAGCUCUCAUUUUAUGAUGCCAAAAAGAAAUCAGCUUUGUACACUUUUACCAGUAUUGGUGAUGGCAGACUGGAAAGGAAAUUCAUUCCCUUCUUCUCAACAGGUUCUGGUGUCUCAGCGCUUGAUACUGAGCCACUGAAAAUCGUGCAAGGGUUUGAUGAUGACUGGUCGUACGACUAAAAUGCACACCGUGAGACCAGACUGUAGUCAAAAAAAGCCCCUGAUUUUGUAUUUUCCAAGAGAAACUGCCUACACAUCCUAUUAUUUUCGUGAGAUUGAAAGCAAGUAUUUCAGUAACUGUUUCCCUUUAUUUCAGAAAGCAUUCCAGCAAUACUGAGAAGGAAUGUUUAGAAUGAAUAUAAAGAAGGAAUUCUUCACAGUGAUCAUAGAGAGACAGUGGAAGACAUUACCCUGAAUAGCUGUGACUGCUCUAUCGACAGAAUUGUUCUGAGGUUUGAUAGGAUUUGAGGAACCUGCUCUAGAGGGGAGACGUCCAUUUCCAUGGCACAAAGGUUAGACGAGAUGAUCUGAGAGUCCCUUCCGAAUCAAAUUAUUCUAAGCAGGUAAAACUGUAAUAACAAGCAGAGCACUGUGUGAAGGAAGAUCAUGAGGAGCAAUUUAUAGCAGAUUUUUUUGGCAGAAGCCCAGCAGCAGGCAUGGAAAGUUAGGAGACAAAGAUAUUAUGCCAAGCACACAGGAUAUAUUCUUUUGUAUAGUGAAAGUUCACGUUCAUGUCUAUUAGAAUUUGAAUGAAUGCAAGUAUGGUAAAGUUACUGCAUAACUUCAUGUAAUCACAGUUUAAAUAGCAAUAAAUGAUCUCCUUUUUGCAGAUAUUUGUCCACA